CCCAAUGACAUAACAGGAGACUACGUGAAUCAAGUUCACGACAAAUCGUCUGCUUAGAUUCGAUUUCGCGAAGUUUCUCAUUUGUACUCUUGUUGAUUAAUCAAAUGGACUCGAUUUGAAGCCACGUGCAUUUGAAAACUUUUUGUCCUGCCUUAUCCAGUCUGGAUUACGACAGCCCUAGGUAUACCUUGCCGUCCAUUGUGUCCAUUUUAUAUUAGCGUGUGGCAUAACAGUCGCUAAUUAGAAAAAGAAUGGUUACAUGCAGUUUAAAAGGAGGUGCAGGAGAGAGACGGCCAAACAGCAGUGCCCCUAGUAGUUCGGGGGUUCUAGAUGCCAGCAAUCACCCUACUGGUCAAGCUGAAGUCAUUUGUAGGUCAGAUGAUGAAGAAAAACAUAAUGGGACAAGUUCAAACUCUCUUGAUGAUUCACUACCUAUGGAAUUAUGUCCCACUAUUCAUCCAGUCCAUAACUUAAAACUGGACCAUCACGAUCACCCCGAAACUGUAAGCGUGACGCUAUAUGUAAAAAAUAUUGCCAAGGAAUCGUUGAGAGUGGAUUUUGGGGAAACAUGCAUUUCUGUAACCUUCCGUACGAGUGAUCCUGGAUUUCUAAAGCAGUAUCCUACGUUUGGGGCAGAAGAUGACCUGAUGCAAUGGCAAAUCGAAACUAGAGGAACAAUCGUGCCUGAAAAAUGCACAUUUCGCCUUAAACCUACCAAUUUAGAGCUGAAGUUGAUUAAAGCAGUAACUAGCAAGUGGGAAUCCCUCGAAGCCACAGUUGAUUCAUCUUCGACUGGUCCCUCAAUUCAAAAAGAGACUUGGAUAUCUCUGGCUCCGCCAAAAGCAGCAAAGCCUUCUCCUGCAAGCAGAAAAAAAUUUGAAGAAGAUGCUAGCCAAGAAACAAAUUCCAUACCCCUUUCACCCUCUGCAGAUUCUGUUGUGUCCUUCAAGGCAGGGUAUACUGGUCUGGGAAAUUUGGGAAAUACCUGUUACAUGAACGCAGUAUUGCAGGCAUUGGCCAACACAACACCCCUCAAAAACUAUUUUUUAGAUAAGAAAUUUCAAGCCGACAUCAAUCGAGAUAAUCCAUUAGGAUUCGGUGGAUCUCUGGCUAUCGCCUUUGCUAUUAUUUUGCGUCAGCUGUGGAGUGGUCAACGUGAUUCGAUUGAACCCUCCCAUUUGAAGAGUUUACUUGCCAAUCGUGCCUCCCAAUUCUCCGGCUACGCACAGCACGAUGCCCAAGAAUUUAUGGCCUUUCUCCUCGACGGCUUGCAUGAAGAUCUUAAUCGUGUCAAGACUAAACCCUUGACUACUCCUGUGGAGUCGAAUGGAAGGCCAGAUCACAUCGUUGCCGAUGAAGCCUGGCAAGUGUACAAGAUGCGCAACGAUUCCGUCAUCGACGACUUGUUUCAAGGCCAAUUCAAGUCCACCCUCGUCUGUCCCGCCUGCCAGAAUAUUUCUGUCACUUUUGAUCCGUUUCUCUAUCUGGCCUUACCUCUGCCCCCCUCUAAAUCGUGUUUUACUGUGACUGUCUACUUUGACGGUGUCGAUGAAUCAGUGGAGUUGACUGGAACCAAAAGAGGAGCCGUCAAAGUAUCCUUGUGGUUGGAUCCAAGCCAGCGCGUUCAACAAUUAAAAGAAGAAUUGAAGCGGGUUUGUGCGGGUCGAUUUCGCCUUCCCGACUCCGAAAUUGAGUUAGUACAAGUCCGUGACGGUCUCAUCCGCCGUUGGUUGGUGGACGCUGCCCCACUCAGCUCGCUCCAGAACACCAAUCAUUCAGAUGCUUUACUUUUGGCUUUUGAAACAGCUCCCAGUGAUAAUGGUUCGCUUGUCCACAUUGCUGUUAUUCAGCGAGUGUUGAUGCCGCUGGAUGAACACACUCACUGCACCGCUUGCAAGAAAGAAAGUGAUGUCCUUAAGCGGUGCAUGAAAUGCUACAGCGUUGCUUAUUGUGACAAGAAUUGCCAACGAACGCACUGGACCGCUGUGCACCGUACCAUGUGUCGCCCCAAACCGGAUAUAAUCGCCCAACCGUUUGUCGUCAGUCUGCCGCCAUCUUCGCUCACCUACCAGAAACUCUACCGGUCGAUGCUUUACUACUCCAGGUUCUCGGUUGAGGUGGAUUGCCCUCCGUCUGCUAACAACAGCUGCAAUCAAGAUAUGGAUUCGUCUUCAUCGUCGUCGUCGUCUUCGUCUUCUCCCCAAGAAGAAGGCGAAGUAGAUGGCCUACAGCAAUCGAAGCAGGAGCAACCGAAAGAGUACCCCUUGUUUUUCAUCAAGCCGAUCGACUCGCAAGGUCAGGGCAUCGAGAAGAAAAAGAGACUAGAGGAUCUUGGUGACAAGCCAUUGGAUUUCGACGCUGAUGAAUCGCCCAUCUUCCUGUCUCUUGACUGGCGUAACGACGAGCGUUCGCCCAAUCACUGCUCCGUCACCGUGAAAUCACCGACCGACUACGAGGAUCUCAGCCAAGAGAAUUCCGAUCCGUCGGCUGACGGCGACACCUCGCCCAACCAACGUCGCCUUACCUUGCAUCAUUGCCUCCAGCAAUUUAUGCAGUCGGAAGUUUUGAGCAAAGAAGAAGCCUGGUACUGCCCCAAAUGCAAAGAACAUAGGGAAGCCACAAAACAAAUGUCUGUGUGGCGGUUGCCCGAGAUCCUCACCAUCCAGUUGAAACGCUUCUCUUUCCGCAAUUUGAUGUGGCGAGACAAGAUCGACCAAAAGGUCCACUUUCCUGUCGAACAGUUGGAUUUAUCGCCUUACUUGUCGAGCAUCACUGAACACGGGGCUGUCUACGAUCUCUAUGCGGUCGUCAAUCACUACGGCGGCAUUUUGUACGGUCACUACACGUCGUUUGCCCGUUGCCCGGCAGCUACGUCUGACAAGAGCCAGAAAGAUGUCGUCGGGUGGCGUUGCAUGGACGAUCGUCAAGUGCGAGACAUUUGCGACGAAAGUGUCGUAACGUCUGCUGCUUACCUGUUGCUUUACCGAAGACGUCGCGGGUCGUCUGGUUCGUCCGCCAGCCCUGUACAGCUCAAUUACAGCGAUCCGGAGGAGAUUGAUUGAGGCGAGAGGGGGCAAAAAUUAAGGUUGACAUUAGCCGGCCCCCAUUCCGGCGACGAUGUGCACAGCCUGUUUUCUUCGUACGUGUACAGCAGAUAAAGACAAUAGAAAAUGACCAAAUAGCGACCGACGUGGCAAUUACAUUUGUACGCAAGUAACAAACAAACUGACGCCAGCGAGCUGACACGAAGCUAGAAAUAGCUGUUGGGGAAUUCACCUGAGACUACUGACUGCACCAGUGCAGGUAAGAAUCUUUUAUUUGUCUUUUAUCGCUGGAAUGUCGUCGACUGGAGAUGUCCAGCCCUCGUAUUACGUGAGCAAACAAAAAUUAGAAAGGAGUUUGAGUUUUUUUCCAGCGUCAACUUCGUGUCGUGACAAUGCGAAACGACAAAAAAACGGUUGAAGGAAUUGUUUUAUUGUUGGACAAUCGUCAUGAACGAAAUUGCACCUGUUGAUCCCAUCCAAGAACAUGUUACACAAGUUGCAUUCUAUUUGAUUUGUGCACUUGGGGUCUUGUUGAACUUAUCUGGGUGGACGUGGAUGAAUUCCGCGAAUUCAAAUGUCAUGUUGAUAUUCUUCACACUUGAAAACAUUUUGAGAAAAAGAAAAAGGGAAAAUUCCCCUACUCACCGUGUGUAGCAGUAUAUCACACAGCGCUUUACGGUUAAAAUGACCGGAAGGACUUUUUGACGGAAGGAAAACCCCAUGGUCCCUCCCCGCGGAGUGUGGAGCGGAUCAACGUGUCUCGGAGAUUGUUUAGCGCCAAGGAUUCUUCCUUCUUGUUUUCGGUUGGACUUUCCUUUUUGUCUAUUUUGUUUUUAAGUUUUAUCUUUGCUGUUGCCGUGGUUAUUGGAGCGAUGUAAUCCGCGAUGCUCGUGUGUGCCGAUUAUAUGAAGAGAACCAUCGUCUUUUAGUCUAUUCACCACGUGCCGGUAACAUUCCCGAUCUUGUCUCGUUCUAACGGAAUGAGAUUCUUUUUUCGUCUACUUUUCAUUUGAAAAAAAAAGGUAGAAAGAUUCUAGAAUUUAGAUACUUGUCGUCGCCUUAAUAAUGCAGAAAUGCGAUGGGCAAUGGUGAUAACCAUCAGCAGCCUGUUUGGGUAUAUGCAAGCACUGCGUACCAAAGCGCUCAUCUCUUUAUUUGGCUACGCAAAUUUGACCGGUUUUUUCUAAUAUUUUUGGUUUUCUUGUUGCCUCAGGAGGGAAAUUGGGUCGGAUGGCCUCGAAUAGAACAAGUUAGAUAGGGUUAUGGAUACUACCAUGACAAAGCCUUUGCGACUUGCUGUUGCGCGUUCCUGUUGGGAGGUCGGGGAUCCGGAAUGGCAUCCCACAGAAAGAGAAAGAAAAAAAAAGGAUUCGUUUGUUGAUCGGGUUCUUCUGUUCGGGAAUCUGGAUAGCAGUGAGCCUGCCGCUGUUGUGUUCCGCUUGUUUGCCUUUCUCCGCUCAAUCUGGCACGUAAUAACAAGACAACACGAGACAUUUCCCACCGUGUUGCUGUUGCUGCUGCUGGUGGUGGUACCGCCACGCACGGCCCAACCAUUUAGCGUCUUUUGUUUUGGGCGCCGUGCUUGCAGCUUUUGAUGGCUAAUUACUUUCAAGCCUUGACUGCUCUCUCUCGCUAUUUCUUCCAAGUCGGAAAAAAAAUAUGUGUGCUCAUUAAAAGAAAUUUGAACGAGUUUCAACUGCGCGGGGACUUCCCCUUUUCCCCCGCAACGAUAGGCUAUAAUUUCGUUUGUUUCACUCGAGCCCAAAAAACCGAAACGGAAACACACACCAUUUUCACUCACAGUGGGCAAUCUUCGGCUAACUUUGCAGCUCGACGCUUCUUUUUUUUCCUUUUUGAAUUGCUCGUAAAGUCAAGUGAGAGAGCCGUAUUAACUGGCGUAUACAGUAGCAGCUCUUAUGUGUCAAAACAAUUUUUUGAAUGGGCCCAGGUUUUUCUCCUUUUUCAACAGGGGAAUCCUGUGACGUUGGUAGGCGCUAAUUAAAUAGCCAACAGAAUGGGAAAGGAGAAAGAGAAGCAGCCAAAGAUGAUAGGGCAAUUUUUCUUGUCUUUUCUUUUUCGGUAGUUUGUUUGGAUAUGUUUUCAUCCGGCUCCUGGAUCUGCCAAACAUGGUGACCAUUCGCCAAAUAAUGAUGGAGAGAUUAAAUAUUUUGUUCGCCGCUCUUUUUCCCCCUUUUUGUUUUCUUUCCUUUCAACGUAUGUGAUUUAACUGGUUACAUAAUGACUGCCCCCGAGUAACAUCAAUACCGGAUAGAUUUCUUUUACACUAUAGGAAUGUUGUUGUCGUUUAAAAAGUUCUCCAUCUUGCCCGGGUGUCAAUGUAACUCUUUGUUCUCCGUUUCACGGAUGAUUUUCCACGUCGUUCCUACCUACCAACCUACCUACCAGGAAUAACUCGUCUUUAUAAACAAUGCUUUUUCUUUCUUCUUCUUCUCCUGCUUUCCCGAAAUUCUGUCUGGUUCCUUUUUUUCUAUUACGAUUUCGUGGAAAUCCAGGGGGAGAAAACAGAGGGAGAAAAAGUGCCUCAUCUGGUUUGACGUUCAAUCUAGUAGGUUCUAAUACACGUCAAGCCGUGGCUAAUUAUUAUCGUAAAACUAAUGUUACCCCCUCCAUUUCCACGUAUGAUUAAAGUACCGACUGUAUAUGGUCUGUCGUGAGUUAUUCGAGUGUUUCGGUCCUUCCUAUCAUGAGAACCAUCAUGUCACAUCGUAUCUCGUCGUUUCUUCUCAGAAAAAAAAAUGAGAACUUGUUUCAGCGAUGAUUUUUGAAUUCAAUUUUGAUUUCGCGGGUCCCUCCAGGCGAAAAAGGACAUUCAAUUUGAUAUCCUUCCGGCUAAACGGAAACUCCCUUAUUUAGAAUUUAAGAAAAAAAUGCGGAAAAUCAAUGAUGAAUCGAUGAUGGAAUUAUUUAGAUGUGUGAUUCACCUGAAAGAGCUGAGGCAAUUCGUUUCCGAGAUUCCAGCCGUGUCAUUGCCAUGCCAAUGGGCGUCCGUUUGUCAAUGCAACAAAUAACUAAUUACCAUACACGUCUCUCUGCACGGGUUUUUAGUAGACAUAUUUGGACCUUUCCGUGAUUUGUGGCACGUAAUCACGAACUUCAUGGAAACGAGUUGGAUAUGUCCCAUAUAGAGAUGAUUCCAAUAAAAUAAUCUACCUA